AUGGCAGAAAACCAAACAUUCACUUUGCAGCCUGCCUUUAAGACUUUGUUCUGUGACAUAAGUAAAGAGGGAUUAACAGACUUGAAGGAAGACCAAGAAGAGUUUUAUGUCAUUCAUGAAGAGGUACUUCCUGUGACAGCUGAGUGGCUGAAUAUCCCCCUACUCAGCACGCGAAUCCUAAACCCAGAGUUCAUUGGAAUAGAGCAGUGUGGUCAGACAGAACCCAUUACUCAGAGAAUUAAAAACAUCCUGAAGGAGUACGAUGAGGACAGUGACAUUUUCAAAGAGCUCCUACAAAAUGCGGAGGAUGCUGGUGCUAGAACUUGCAGAUUCAUGGUUGACUUCAGGAAACACAAAGACGCCCCUGAUGCUGUCAUUGACAGUGUCAUCAGCCCAAGCCAAAAUAAAAAGCAUGUUCUGAAACCAAUGAAGGAUCUUCCUAGUGUCAUUUGGAAAGUAGAUGGGAACAUUUCAUCCAUCUUAGUGAAAUUAGGUCUCACAACAUUAAACUGUUCAUUUUUUCAGAGUUUCAAUGAAGUGCUUUUUAAUCACUUGGUGCCUGAGCUCCUUAAGCCAGAUAACAGCAAUGAUGUUUUGGAACAAGUUUUCCUGAUUCCACACUCAAUAUUUAAGAUCCUGUCUGAGGAUGACUUGGAUGAUCUUCAGGAUUUUCUUCAAACUGGAAUUAGCACUACCGAAAACUCCCAGGAAUACCAGAGAAAGUUUAAGUCAUUGCCGCUGUUUCGGACAGUGCAGGGUGAGAGAGAGAGCAUCGAGGGACAGGAUGUGUUUGUCCUGAAUACAGACUUCAAAGCAAAAUUUCCAGAUUUGUUCAAUAUUGAUGUAGAAGGGCAUGUUUUUCUGGAGUACAACCUGGUCAACAAACGGAUGUCAGAGAAAAUUAACAUUAACAUUUUGACUGAUUUAGACUUCUAUGUGGGGUUCCUGCUGCCCUUAUUACACACAUUCACAGAAACACAAGUUCUUGACUCUGUUCGGCUCCUGUUGGCCUUAAAGUCCAAUGAAAAAUAUAAGAUGUACAAGGAUCAGAUUGUGGCAAAACUAUCAAGUGUUAGCUUCGUCAGAGACAUCCAUUGGACUCCUCAGUUACCGUCUUACUUUUUUGAUGAGGAACAACAUCUUUACAAGAUCAUGCUCCCUGAAGAGAAAUUUGUACCACCAGGGUUCUGGAAACUAUUUGACCAAGACUCAAGACAAGUGAGGGAACUGCUGAAGGAGCUUGGAAUGAAACAUACUGUCUCUGAUCUUGAGAUAAUUGGGUUUGCAAAACAAAUUGAAUCAGAAGUACAUGGCAAGACCUCAGUUCAUAAGCUCAGGAAAAUGUCUAAAGCAUUAUUCAGGGAAGCUCUAGAAUUCCAUGCCAAUAAAAAUAAGCCCAAGUUGUUGAAUAGGAUUGCAACCAUCAAGUUUGUUUUUCCUGUGCGAAUUCAGGAAGCACUGUGUGAUUACCACCAACCCUUUGCUGAUGAAAGAGACGUGAUUGCAAUCAAAGGGUCUUUGAUUGAAACAAACCCUGAUCAUCAGUAUCUCAUCUGGUCUACCAUGCCAAUACUGCCCACAUGCAAACUUUCUCGUUACCAUUCUGAUUUGGUUACUGCAGGAGCUUUUGAGAAGCCACCCUGUGAUUCAGUGACCCAGAAUUUGAAAAACAUCUGUCAGUCAGAAUGCCCAGACAUUGAUAUGAGAAACCUCAGAAAAACAGUCUUUUGCAGAACAUAUGCCUACUUACAAUCAAUCGAAGAUUUCAGUGGAUCUCAGCUUCAACAUCAGCCAGUGGUUCUUGUUGAAAAUGAUACCGCUCUUGUGCAAGCCAGUCAAGCAGUGCUUCUUCUUGAUGACUGUGAAGAGUUCAGGCCGUAUCUCUACAAAGUCAGUUCACAGUAUGCACUCUAUGCUGAAUUCUUCCAAAGGAUAGGUGUGGAGGAAAGGCCAACAAUUGCGCAGUAUUGUAAAGUCCUCAAUGAUAUUUACAUGAACUCUGAAGGAAAAGAAACUCUCAAUGCAAAUCAGCAGUUGACGUUCAAACGUGCUGUACAGCACCUGUUCCAACGGAUACAAACACAGCCAGAGCAAAUACAAAUCCAGGAGAAUUUGUAUUUACCAUCAGCAGAUGGCAAGCUGCACAAGUCUAAAGACCUCUACUUCAAUGACACAGUCUUCCAGACAAAAAGAUUGGAGGACCCACUAAAAGACAAGCUCAGCCUCCUAAUGAACCUGGAACAUUGUUACCUGGGCGAUGACAUCUUUGAACAUCAGAAGAUGCUGUUGUUGCUGCCUGAAGACAGUCGACCCACAAUGUUGUCUUGUGUCACCUCUGAAAGCCUGGUGGGUUGCAGUGUGAAACUAUGUCAAUAUGAAAACAAGUGUGAGUUCAGUGGUUGGUUUGAUAGACAUUUAAACUCCAGACCAUUUUUGGAUGGUCUUACAAGUUUGAUUAGAGAACAAAGUACAGGCACCAUCUCGUCUGCUGAGGCCACUGAACUAUGUCAAAAUGUCUUUGGGAAACUUGAAAUUGUAUGCUGCGAAGUCCUAGAGACGGAACUCUUCUUUAAUCAAGAUCCACUUGUCAAUACCACGUCUGAAACACAAGUGUAUGUUGAAAAAGAGACACAGGAUUGCACCUUCUACCUGAAGCACAGUGAUGAUAUGGACAUUAAGAUAAUGUAUGAAGUGGUCAUCAGACUAACCAAAGAAAUUAAUUCACUGCUGCAGAACACACUCAGCCAAGAGGUUCUCUUCGCUUUGGGGCAGCUUCUGUUAUGUGAUACCUCGGAGGAGGUUAGGAAAACGUUGGAAAAGUAUGAAAUCCGUAGCAGUGCCAGCAAAGGAGAAGGGCCUCAUCAUCCAGACCCUGGAAGUCUAAUACCUGAGGAAUGGCAUGAUGCCCUCGAGAUGAACUUCAUGAACAAUUAUGAAAUUGGUGAAUAUGUUGGCUUCAAAAAGAUGUCAGAGAAUAAAAAAUAUUACUAUGCAGUGGUUGUUAAACAAUUAGAUGCAGCGAGGGAAACUGGUCAGUAUUGUUGUAGAUACAAAAUACAGAUUAGCAAGGAUGAGUUUGUUGAGGUAAGAUCCAAUAAGCUUUACCAGUUUAAAUGAGCAAAAAACUUCUGCCACUGGUGGAGGGACCUGUGCCAUCACCUAAGGAA